AGCAAUUAAAGAGCUAAAGGUGACAUUGUAAUUUUACAACAAGUGGUCUUAAAGUCCUUAUGAAAAUGUUAUCUGAUGAAUCAGACUGUUUUGUAUGGAAGUGUAAAUCGGCAAAUCCAUGGGAUUCCUUCAUUUCCAUGAAUUGUUCCACGGGUUUCCUGUUGCUGCCAAGAGGCCUGUAAUCUCUCUCUCAGACAGACUGACAGUCUCUCUCUAUCUUUCUCCCUCUCUUUCUCGCGUUCUCUCUCUCUUUCUCUGUCAGCAGUCUAGUCUAGUCUGCUUUUCAAGCUACGGUCUCUUUAAAACUUUAACCCAUCACGUCCCGUGGGGAAAUCAUCGCGGAUUAGUUCACUGUUUUCAUCGGUGUCUGCCAUGGCACAUAAUUCGGAUUCUCUGUACCUGGGAUUUGACUUCAGCACUCAACAGGUUGCUAACCCCUAUGGUGUGACUGUCUGCAGCUCAAGGUUGUGGCCAUUGACGGAGGGCUGAAUGUGGUGUACCAGAACAAUGUGCAGUUUGACAGUGAGCUGCCCGAGUUCAGGACCCAAGGAGGAGUCCAUGUCCAGGCUGACAGACUGACCGUCACUUCCCCAGUCCUCAUGUGGGUGAAGGCCCUGGACCUGCUUCUGGAGAAGAUGAGAAUCUCUGGAUUCCACUUCUCCCGUGUGAAGGCCCUCUCUGGGAGUGGUCAGCAACAUGGCAGUGUGUACUGGAGGAGAGGAGCCAGCCAGGCCCUGAGACAGAUGAAGCCUGGAAAGAGUCUGCAUCAGCUGCUGCAGAGCAGCUUCUCAGUGGCAGACAGCCCAGUGUGGAUGGACUCCAGCACCACACAGCAGUGUCAGUACUUGGAGGCAGCACUAGGGGGCGCUCAGAAGCUGGCUGAUAUCACCGGCUCCAGAGCCUAUGAGCGUUUCACAGGAAAUCAGAUUGCCAAGAUCCACAAAACCAAGACUGACCAAUACAUGGCCACCGAGAGAAUUUCAUUGGUCAGUAGCUUUGCUGCAUCGCUGUUCCUUGGAGCCUAUGCUGCAAUAGAUUACAGUGAUGGUUCCGGUAUGAACCUGAUGGACAUCACUACCAGGACCUGGGCUCCACGCUGCCUGGAGGCUGUAGCACCAGGCCUGCAUGACCUGCUGGGAGAUCCACAGUCUUCUACUGCUGUUCUGGGCUCGGUCUCGUCCUACUACGUGUCUCGGUACGGCUUCACACAGGACUGCAGGGUGGUGGCCUUCACUGGAGACAACCCAGGAUCCCUGGCUGGGAUGAGACUAAAGGAAGGAGACGUUGCUGUGAGUCUGGGCACCAGUGACACAGUGUUUCUGUGGAUCACAGAACCUCAUCCAACCAUUGAGGGACACAUCUUCUGCAACCCUACAGACUGUCGGGCCUACAUGGCCUUGAUAUGCUUCAAGAACGGCUCCCUGACCAGAGAACGAAUCAGAAACGAGUGUGCUGGAGGAUCAUGGGAAGCUUUCUCCUCUGCCCUGCAGUCCUCGCCUCCGGGUAACCAUGGAAACAUAGGGAUUUAUUUUGACACCAUGGAGAUCACUCCAUCAGCAAUGGGAGUUCACAGGCUGGACAAGGACGGCAAUGAGGCUCUGGGGUUCCCCCCCCAGACAGAGAUCAGAGCUCUCCUGGAGGGUCAGUUCCUGGCAAAGAGGCUCCAUGCUGAGAGACUGGGCUACAGGAUCAUUCCAGGUACCAGAGUUCUGGCCACGGGAGGUGCCUCCUCCAAUCAGGAUAUCCUGCAGGUCUUAUCAGAUGUUUUCAGUGCACCAGUCUACACCAUUGAUGUGGCCAACUCUUCCUGUCUGGGUUCUGCAUACAGGGCCCUGCAUGGCUUGGUAGCUGACCAGGGUGUUUCGUUCUCUGAUGUGGUCCAGAAAGCUCCGGAACCCAAACUAGCUGUGACGCCCACACCUGGCUCACAAGAGGUGUUCCAGCUACUGUUGAAGCGCUACGCCGAGUUGGAGAAGAAGAUUCUACAGACCCUGUAGAAUCGCCCCUGACCCAGCUUGACCAAUCGGCUCAGCUCAAUGUUCUGUCUUUGGCCUGAUUGGAGAUGUUGUCAAGGGAAGAACAAAACACAACAGUGUCUUUCAAGUCAUUCCAACUGCCUCCUUAGAUUGAAGGAUGUUGUUAACUUGACUGUUUUAUUGGUUGUAUGAUUAAUUGAUUGAUGCAGUCUGUACAUGAGUCUUGUGAGAUGGACCAACUCUUGUCAUUUCAGGGUUGUGUGUGUGUGUGUAUGUUUUGAAUGUUCUACGUCUAUAUGAGAACACUGAUGUUCUCACCAGUGUCCAUGAUCCACAAUUACUAGUGUUAGGAUGAACCUGGUGAACCACACACCUGUAUUCUGCAGCCUGGAUAUCCACAAACAAAACAUGUAUGUAUAAAAGCACAUUGAGCUGCAAUUCUUGUAUGAAAUGUGCUAUGUAAAUAAAGUCUUAUAUG